ACGGCUGCCGUGGUGCACACAGAUGGCACAUGGUAGAGCCCAAGCUCUCUCCAUGAGAUCCACAGCGUUUGUCCACAAGGCAAGGCAAAUUACCUUGUAGAGUCAGCGUGGAGGUUUGCUAACUCUGCCGGACUCAGUGCAGGAAAAAUACCAGCCAUGCUGUUAAACCAAAACCCCAUGAGAAAACUUUCUGGUGACAGAGGGGCAUUGUUACCCACGUGGCCCAGGGCCAGAGAAAGGGCAGCUACUCAUGGUCCUUCCUCACAAGUUUUCCUGGAGCAGAGGGACACCCCCAAGCCCAGGGAGCCCAUAGGAGCUUCAGGAGGGCUCGGCUGAAGGGCGGAGCCCCUGCUGCACUUGCUCAUUGGGGGCUGGGGAGGCUCUGAUCGCAGACCGGGGGUGCUGCCACCUCUGUCUGCUGCCGGUAGAAAGCCACAAGCCAUGAAAACUGAUUGAGAUGAGAAGAAUUCAUCUGGGACUGGCUUUUGCUUUAGGAUGGUGUUGGAAGUUGCUGGUUGUCGCUAGAAGUCUGCUCCACUGUAAGGGUGCUGGGAUUUGAAGAGCUAUGGUGGAACACCACUGAAGCAUUGCCAAGGUUGUCUUCAACCACCUUACUCCUCCACCGCCCAGUGAGCACCUGGAAGAAGACGAGCAUUUCGUGGUAGCCCUGUAUGACUACGCUGCCAUGAAUGACCGGGACCUGCAGAUGCUGAAGGGGGAGAAGCUACAGGUCCUGAAGGGAACUGGAGACUGGUGGCUGGCCAAGUCGCUCGUCACAGGAAGAGAAGGCUACGUGCCCAGCAACUUUGUGGCCCGAGUGGAGAGCCUGGAAGUGGAAAGGUGGUUCUUUAGAUCACUGAGCCGGAAGGAGGCCGAGAGGCAGCUUCUGGCUCCAAUCAACAAGACCGGCUCCUUUCUUAUCAGAGAGAGUGAAACCAACAAAGGUGCCUUCUCCCUGUCUGUGAAGGACGUCACCACCCAGGGGGAGCUGAUCAAGCACUAUAAGAUCCGCUCCCUGGACGAAGGGGGCUACUACAUCUCCCCCCGGAUCACCUUCCCCUCGCUCCAGGCCCUGGUGCAGCACUAUUCUAAGAAGGGGGAUGGUCUAUGCCAGAGGCUGACCCUGCCCUGUGUGAGCCUGGCCCCACAGAACCCCUGGGCCCAGGAUGAAUGGGAAAUCCCCCGGCAGUCUCUCAGGCUGGUCAGGAAACUCGGGUCUGGACAAUUUGGCGAAGUCUGGAUGGGUUACUACAAAAACAACAUGAAGGUGGCCAUUAAGACGCUGAAGGAGGGAACCAUGUCUCCAGAAGCCUUCCUGGGCGAGGCCAACGUGAUGAAGGCCCUGCAGCAUGAGCGGCUGGUCCGACUCUACGCCGUGGUCACCAAGGAGCCCAUCUACAUUGUCACCGAGUACAUGGCCAGAGGAUGCCUGCUGGAUUUCCUGAAGACGGAUGAAGGCAGCAGAUUGUCACUCCCAAGGCUGAUUGACAUGUCGGCCCAGAUUGCCGAAGGGAUGGCUUACAUCGAGCGCAUGAAUUCCAUCCACCGCGACCUGCGGGCGGCCAACAUUCUAGUAUCCGAGGCCUUGUGCUGCAAAAUUGCUGAUUUUGGCUUGGCUCGAAUCAUCGACAGUGAAUACACGGCCCAAGAGGGGGCCAAGUUCCCCAUCAAGUGGACAGCCCCGGAAGCCAUCCACUUCGGGGUCUUCACCAUCAAAGCAGACGUGUGGUCGUUUGGAGUCCUCCUGAUGGAAGUUGUCACUUACGGGCGGGUACCAUACCCAGGUAGGCAGCUCACCCUGCAGCUCUCACGGCUCCCUGCUUUCCCGGCUGGCCCUGGCGGCAGGUCACCUGUCCUUGGUGCCUGUGGCUGCCCCGUUCUUUUCAGAAGUCGUGGACGCCAGCCCCCAGCCCCCAGCCCCAAUCGAAGGGCUCCGGCCGCUUGGCCCCUGCAGCUGGGCAGGCUUCGGGUCACCUGCUGCUGUGUGCACCUGGCAGCUGCCCAUGCGUGA